GCCUUUGAGGCUUUCAAUAAAGCUUGUGAAAUGCUUUCUUCAAUUUAGUAUUUUGUUUUGUUCAUUUUGGUUUCUUAAUUGGUCUGUUUUGUGGUAAAUGUGAUUUUAUGUUUACGUAUUUAAUUAAUAUUUCGUCAAUUAUUCAACCAUCAGUGUCGGAUUGAAGUUGAUUCGAGGAUAAUAUACAAACACUCAACAACAAGUAAGCCUACAUAUCCCUUGGACCUUAACUCAAAAUGUCCUCCUUUCAAGAAGGUUUGCGUGAUUAUGAAAACGCUCUCAAAGAUUUGGUCUUCAAUUCGAAACCAAUCAUCUCUAGUUUAACCAUGAUUGCGGAAGACUAUCUUGGUGUGAAUAAUGGACCAAAGAAGAUUGCUGAGGUUAUCUUGGAACGAAUUUUAACUGUCGAUGAUACCCAAAAACUUCCAGUUUUAUAUUUAAUAGAUUCUAUUUGUAAAAACAUAGGUAAAGAUUAUAUUGAAUCUUUCGAGCCAGAUAUUGUAUCUAUUUUCAAACAUGUAUUUGAACAUAGUGAUGAAACCACACGUGCUGCCUUGUUCAAGCUCAGGAGUACUUGGAAGCCUGUUUUUUCAAGAAGUACUUUGCAUGCUAUAGAUGCUGCAGCUCAAAGCAUUGACCCAGCUUGGCCAGUAACAAAUUCACCUUCCCAAUCCAAUGCCUCUACAUCAAAACGUCGGAAAGAAAAUGAUUCAACGUCUUCAACCAUGGUUCCAAGUAAACGUAAAGCUAGUAGCAAUAUUGCUCAUUCAAUCAACGCGUCAUCAGCACCAAUAGCUAAACGCAAGCCUGUCAUCAAACAAGUCCCAACAACAACUUCAACAGUAUCUAAGCGAAAAUUAGCAUCUUCCGAAUCAACUUCUUCCUCAUCUAAACCAGUCACAUCUCUAGGAAGCCAUGAUAGAGAUUAUCGCAAAGAAUUUGAACCAUUGAUCAAUGAAGUCGGAAAGAAAUUGAAUGAUGGAGUUCUCAGUAACAAGGAUCGAGCUGAUAUCAUCCAAUCAAUAAACCAAGUCAUGAAAGGAAGUUCAUCCGAUCUUGGUGGACUUUCUUCCCUACCAGUGAAGAAGCGAGCUCCUGGUCCAGUUUCGACUCUGCCUAAUGUUCAAGCCAAGGAUCCAGUCCAAGGCCAGGAUCAGACUCUUGGACCUGUUAAUGUUCCACUUCAGUUACCGCCAGCUCCUAUCCAAUCUACAAGUCAAAUCUCUAGCCUUCCUAUUCCAGCCCAGGCUUCAAUUCCAAAUCAACUACAAGGAGCGACUAUUUCUAGUUUCGUCUCGUCUUUAGAUUAUCAUCAGCCUCUACCCAUGAAGCCAUUGGAAACUAUUCCCCCUUUAUGUAAAGACAUUGGCCAACAAUAUGUCCAAGUGGAUGGUAAUACGGUCAAAUUAUUCUAUUUAGAUGAAAAUACCUCUAUUGUUUUGAUGAAAGGGUCUCUUCACUUGUCUUUGAAUGAAUUAGUAAAAGCAAAUCCCUAUGAUCUUGAACCUAGAAUGAUCAUGUUUGAGGGCAAGCCUACGAAAGUGUAUAUUGAUAGUGAUAAAGGGUCAAAAGAAUUUGUUUUACUUAAUUUUAACAGUCAACCACAAACAUUUUUUCACGGUGAACACGCUCAGAGAAUCAAAUUAGGCGGGCCUUGUAGAGAAAUUAUUCUCAAUGGUAAACCAUAUCAGGCUUCUUUUGGUGGACCGCCGAUAGAAGUUAAGUUUGUCGGGGAUACUCAUCAAACUCAUACUCUCAGAUUGAGUGGUCCACCACCGCGGGUUAAAAUAUCUGAAGAUCUCAGAGCUGAUUUAUGGUCUGAGUAUGUUAAAAAAAUUACUGGUCAAUCAGAUGAAAAUCCGAUACCAGCAGUACAAACAUCUUAUUCCUCCUUACCUCCAGCAACCCAAACUCCUUAUUCUCAAAAUAUUUUAGGUACACAAUCUUCUUCCGCCGUCUUACUACCUCCAUCAACAGUACAACCAGCAUCGUCUCUGGUACCAGCAUUAACAACACAGAUAAAUCCAUUAGCUCCUGGAUUGGUUACAAACUCAACUGUCGCAAUUUCAACGCCAAUACCCACAGCUUUACCUAUUCCAGUGACUGUAGCAAUGCCAUUGACUGCUCCUUGUCCAACUUUACCAUUGCCCGUUACAUUACCUCUUCAAGUUCCUGGACCAGCCGUCGUCCCAUCUUUAACUAACUCUGUUCCUGUAACGAUGACGGCUCCUACAACCGAACCUCAAGUUAAUUUAGGAGAUUUAUUCGAUAAACUGAUUUCUGUUGGUAUCAUUAAGAAGACUGAACCUCAAAUUACAGAUUCCAAUAAAUUGCUUGCAACAACAAUCACUACUACUACAGCAACGAGUACUUUACCAUCAUCAUUAACAGUUACAGCUAUUGGUGCUUCUCCUUCAGUCACAUCUAUAGUCUCAGCAACCUCAUCAACAAAUUUGGCAACAUCUGUUACAAGAAUAGGGUCACCUUCAUCUAUGAAUCGAGAGAAUGGACUUAAUCAACUUGAUGAGAUAGAAAGUGAACCUUUAGUAUUAGAGACAAAAUCUUUGAAAGCAGAUCACCCUAAAGUUAUUGCAGACUUAAUAAAUGGAACUCAGUGUCCAAAUUGUUCAUUACGCUUUGAAGUUGGUGAUUCAAACGAAAGAUCUAAAUAUUCAGUUCAUCUUGAUUGGCAUUUUAGGUUAAACCGACAAGAGCGAACAGACUCUAAAUCAAAGUCAGCCGCUGUUCGCCGUUGGUUUUGUUCUCUCGAUUUGUGGGUUUCCUUUAAAGAGAUAUCAGAUGAAACUGAUCAGACUAUGAUGGAUGCAGAUAAAGAAGAGAAAGAAUCAGCGAGUGAGAAAAAGGUCUGCACAGUUAGCGCAAACGAAGAUGAAAGUCUUAAUGAGUGUGCCGUCUGUAAAGAAAGGUUCGAAACAACAUGGAACGAAGAUGAAGAAGAGUGGCAACUAUUAAAUGCUGUGAAAGGGCAAGACGAAAAAAUUUAUCAUCCCUUAUGUUUAGAAGAUCUAUUGAAACAACGUUCGGCUGAAAAUGAAGCAUCCAAUUUGACUGCAACCAAUGGGCAAGAAGAUAAGACAGAAGUUAAGCCUGAAGGAGACGACGAAAAUGAAACAAAUCAAGAAGAUGAUAGCAAGGAAGAAAUAAAGAUGGAGGUAGAUGACGAAGUGAAACAUGUUGAUGUAGUAAAGAAAGAAAAUAUUUUGAAUAAUAUUGAUGAUGAUGAUGAUGAUAUAGAUGAUGAUUAUACUUUGUAUCCAGCUGAAACAAAAGGUCAAAUAGAAGUAUCCGUUUGUUGUAUAUCUUAGCGCGUAUUUGCUCUUAAUGAAUGCAGUCUAUGAAAAAAAAGAAAGCAUAAAACAAACCAAAACACAAAAAAAGUGAAAUAUACAAUUUAUAUUUCGAUGUUAAUUUUCUAAUGUAAGUUUAUUUUGCAUCUUCAACUUGGAAAAUAUGACAAUAAAGUGUAAAAAUGUAAAUAACAUGAA